AUGCUGCAAACCAGGAGCUACCACCGCGAGACCUGUGACCACAAGACCGGGCCCCGUGACCACAACACCGGGCCCCGUGACCACAGCACCGGGCCCCGUGACCACAACACCGGGCCCCGUGACCACAACACCGGGCCCCGUGACCACAGCACCGGGCCCCGUGACCACAGCACCGGGCCCCGUGACCACCUCACCGGGCCCCGUGACCACAACACUGGCCCUGUGACCACAACACCUGGCCCCAAUACCGACACCACCACCGCCACUACCACUACCCCAACUACUACCACCACCACUACCCCAACUACUACUACCAUCACCACCACCACUACCCCAACUACUACUACCACCACCACCACCACUACCCCUACUACUACUACCACCACCACCACCACUACCCCAACUACUACUACCACCACCACCAGCACCAGCACCUCCACGACCACUCCUACUACUACCAGCACCUCCACCAGUACUUCUACCAGCACCUCCACCUCUACCAGUACUUCUACCAGCACCUCCACCUCUACCAGUACUUCUACCAGCACCUCCACCUCUACCAGUACUUCUACCAGCACCUCCACUUCUACCAGUACUACUUCUACCAGCACCUCCACUUCUACCAGCACCUCCACUUCCACUAGUACUUCUACCAGCACCUCCACUUCCACUAGUACUUCUACCAGCACCUCCACGAGAAAUAACCCGGGCAUGGGCAUGGAGUGGGUCUGGUCUGGCCACAAACAACCCCACCGUAACGCCCUAGACCGAUCCACAAUGGGCAAGCUGGCGGUGGUGGGGGCUGUGGUGGCCCUGGCGGCGCUCUCCGUCUCCCAGGCCAAGGACACUCGCAACUUACCUUCGUGCAAUGAAGCCGGCGGACAGUGUAUCGUGAGCAGCAAAGAGUGCAAGGAAGUGAAGGGUGCGGCGCCUUGCCCGGGCCAAAAUAUCUGCUGCAAGGCCACUGCCAGAAAUGUUAAAUCAAAGAAGAAACACCAAAGCAAAGAUCGUUCAAGUAAAAAGUCGAAGAAAGAUGAAAGAAAAGCAAAUAAAAAACGGAACAAGUCCACAAAAAAAAGCAAGAAACAAAGAAAAAAGAAAGACAAACAAAAUAAAGCAACCAAUGCAAGGCAGAAAAAAGCGACAAAGAGGAAGGCUUCUAGGAACAAGAAACGGGUCGGGCCGCCGAGAAAGCGGGCGAAGGGCGGCGACGACGGGCGGCGGAAGGCUGACAACGGGACGAAGGGACCAAAAUCCACGAAGCCCAGGAAGAAAACGGUCAAGAAGACAAAAGAAAAGAGAAAACACAAGUCUAACAAAGGAAAGGCCAAGAUAGAGAAACGGCAGAACAAGAAGAAAAAGGACAAUGACGACGAAGACGGAGAUGACAAGGCAGUGGAAGCCGCGAAAGGAGGGAAAUUCGCCGGAAAAUGCAAGAAUUCUCCCUGGUGCAAGGGUAAAUGCAUCCCUGAGGGAGAACGGUGCAAGGGUGUGAUGACGGACGACUGUGAAAGCGACUUCUGCAAGUGUUGCACGAAGAGGGGCGGCGGCGGCGGCGGCGGCGGCGGCGGCUACGGCGGCGGCGGCGGCGGCGGAGGUGGUGGGAAAUGUAGCGGCCAGUGCAAGAAGGGCACCUGCACCUACGAGGGAGACUGCAAAAAGGGGAAGUGGAGGGAAGGUGGAGGAUGCAAGGGUGACUGGUGUGGAUGCUGCAAACCCAAGUCCAAAAAGUGUAAGACCUCUGAGAAAUGUGAAGCAAAGGGUGGAUCCUGUAAGAACAAGUGUAAGAAAAAAAAAGAAAAGGCAAAGAAGAACCUGUGCAAGAAGGGGUGUCUGUGUUGCGUCAAAAAGAAGAAAAAAAAGUGCAAGACCACCUCGAAGUGUAAGGCAAAGGGAGGAUGGUGCACGAAGCCCAAGGCCUGUGACAGCGGCGUGUACUCCUACGACUGUGAAGGCAAAAAAUGCGUAUGUUGCCUGGAAGGCAAUGUUGAAGAGUGCCCGCAGAUGGACAAGUGCACGGAAGAACAUGGCACGUGUAAGGAGUGGUGCGAUCCGUACAAGGAUGAGAGGGAGCUGAAGUCGCUCUGCGACCCUUGGAUUCCUCGGUCGAUCACGACCGCCUUGCCUUGGCCUUUGUCCCCAAUUACCGCCCGCAUUUCAACGGGUCCGGCCUGUAAGUGUUGUGCGCCCAAAUGUGAGCAGAGUCCCUCCUGCACCCUGUGGGGAGGAACAUGUGUGAACGGCCACGAAGACUGUCCCACACAGUACGGCUUCAUGAUCGUCAACGGAUGCAAAGGUUAUGGCUGUAAAUGCUGCAAACCAGUCCGGACAACAACGACCACAACAACUUCAACAUCUACAACUACAACAACUACAACAUCUACAACAACUACAUCAUCUACAACAACAACUACAUCAUCAACAACAACAACUACAUCAUCUACAACAACAACUACAUCAUCUACAACAACUACAUCAUCUACAACAACUACAGUAUCUACAACAAGUCCGACAACUACAUCAUCUACAACAACAACUACAUCAUCUACAACAAGUCCGACAACUCCUACAACAACUACAUCAUCUACAACAACUACAUCAUCUACAACAACUACACCAUCUACAACAACUACUACAUCAUCUACAACAAGUCCGACAACUUCUACAACAACUACAUUAACUACGACUACUACUACAAGUGAAUCCACAACAACGACAACAAUACCACUUACAACAACACCUCCUACAACAACAGCUCCUACAACAGCAGCUCCUACAACAACAGCUCCUACAACAGCAGCUCCUACAACAGCAGCUCCUACAACAGCAGCUCCUACAACAGCAGCUCCUACAACAGUAGCUCCUACAACAGCAGCUCCUACAACAGCAGCUCCUACAACAGCAGCUCCUACAACAGCAGCUCCUACAACAGCAGCUCUUACAACAGCAGCUCCUACAACAGCAGCUCCUACAACAGCAGCUCCUACAACAGCAGCUCCUACAACAGUAGCUCCUACAACUACAGUGCCCCCAACUACAACUGCAAUUGUACCAACAUCAACAGGAGGCGGCUAGUCAACAUUUACAUCAUCUACAACGGAACAUGACCAAUGUCAGAAUAGAAACUUGUAUCUGCACCGUCAAAUGCUGCAUCACCAUGAAAAGAAAAAAAAAAUCACACUUCCUGCAGGGACAAAUUUUCCUUGGAAUAUUUUUUUUUCCUUUUUUUACCCAUAGAGGUCGCUCGUCAGCCCAUUGCGAAAUCCCUGCAUGGGCAUAGCUACUACAUAGCAAGAACUGUACCCAUGUAUGAGGCCUUUCUCAUCCUCCGUUUGAAUAGGAAAAGUCUUUUGCUUGUUACAUGCUGUAAUUCUAUACAUUUUUAUACUUCUCACUCAAGUACCAGUUAGUUCAGUGGGAACAUGCAGUACUCCUUUCUGUUACUUUAUUUUAUUUAUUUAUUUAUUUUUUGCACUGGUUGACAGACUUAUCAACAGCCUUCGAGUGUGCGACAUAGCAAACUACACGCUAUUUUUUCCCAGCACUUAAAUUGUAUUUUAAUGUAAUUUUAAUUACACGUUAUCAGCAACAAC